AUGUCUAGUGAAGUGGUAGGAACUGACACAUAUAGGCAGAAAAUGGAGGCAGGAAAUUCUCCUCACGGCACAGAGGAUGAGGCACAAGACGAGGUGCCGAACAGUCUCGAACACAGUGAUGGGGAGUCAGAUACAAGCAGUAUACGUACGUUUAGGGCUGUUGUUGAUUCGGAUGAAGAAUCCCCUAUGGGCCCCGAGGACAGUGAUGGGGAGUCAGAUACAAGCAGUAUGCGUACGUUUAGGGCUGUUGUUGAUUCGGAUGAAGAAUCCCCUAUGGGCCCCGAGGACAGUGAUGGGGAGUCAGAUACUAGCAGUAUGCGUACGUUUAGGGCUGUUGUUGCGGAAUUCCUCGAGUAUAGGGAUGAUUCGGAUGAAGAAUCCCCUAUGGGCUCCGAGGACAGUGAUGGGGAGUCAGAUACAAGCAGUACGUUGGGGGCUAUUGUUGCGGAAUUCGUCAGUGAGUAUUACGUUACGGGCCCCAAUGAAGAAUGA